GCAUGUCGUACAGCAUGCUGCAGGUAACUAGGAGACCAGGAGGCCUAGCAAGUGAAAAAAAAAAAUCUGACUGUCGCCUGCUUUAGCGAGAGGCACGGCCCAUAAUUAGAGUGUCCAGCACUGACUAGUAAUUACCAACCUGGUGCGGAGUGCCGAAUGCCAUGUCUAUAUGUGAAGACACGGCGGGCGGGACAAUAUGAUGUGGUCGCGCAUACACAUACAUAAUCAUUAUGCAGCUACGCCCGCAUUCUAUUAGGAUUCUUUCUUCUUGCGGCAGCCGUGCAUCAAGCAGUCUCGCAGCGUUAUCGCUCCUAGGUACAAUAACUGUGCUCCACGGAAUGACAAUGGCCCUCGGCUCGGUAGUUCAACAGGCGAGGUAUACAAUGCUGAUGUGGGUGGACCCAGAGGGCCGCGAAGCAACGAUGUGCCAAGAGCGGAGUCGAGUUUCCGGAGAAGUGCUCCUGUAUUGUAGGUUCUGUGUGCUGUAUGUGAUAAACGCCGAUGAGGGAUAUUACUAUGGCACUAGUAUAUCCUCGACAAUCCGAUUUCCCAGAUCUCCGAAAGGGAUUUCUCUAUGUGGCAAGGGCCGUGCUGGAGCUAGAUGGCGCCGGAAAGCACGAGGCUCAGCUCAGCACCCUAUUAUUAGGAUCUCCCACCAGUAUCGUUAUGAGAGCAGUGGCGGCGGGACUUUCCUGUAGUUUAGCUCCUUAGUAGUUGUUGUCAGGCUCGUGAACUGCCUGAGUCGCGAAGCUUUGGAAAUAUCGCCAGGCGACCCAGAUUCACGGGCCCACUGGUCUGCCGCCGGUGGCAUAUGGACACGGCAUAGGGCUUCAGAAUUCCAUUUCCGUC